UACCACUGCAGGUCCUGUAUACACUAUAUAUAUAUAUAUAUAUAUAUAUAUAUAACAGUGUAACUAAAACGACAUUUUAGUGUGAAUAUGCUGUGGCUAGUAGAGUACUCCGAGGACCUGGCGCCGCUGGUCAGCACCACUUGCUACAGACGCAAAAAGUUGGUGAAUAGGACGGGAAAAGAUCGCGGCGUUCGGUGGACGCUAGAAAAGAAAGAUCGUAAAUGAAAGGAAAGCCCGCGGCUUGAGUCUGGUCAGUGCUUACCGACUGAGCCACCCGAGUCUACCGGAGACUUGCCAGAGGCUUUCAAAUGAGCAAAGAGCUGUUUUUACUCAGGCUUCCGGCAGGCGGCAUCGUGUCAGUACCCGUAAUAGUCAGUGUCUCUUGUGGUUCAACCAAUGGACUCUUUCUUUUUGCUCUAUUGGGAAGGAGGCGUGGCGCUGUCGUGUUUCCUUGCUGCACCUAAGACGAAUCGAGUUCUACCAUUUGUUGUCCCGUUUUUGACAUCACAGCGCUAUGAAUUCUCCAUAGACGAACACUGAGUAAAUAAACAAAUGCUACUGAUUCGUGAUACUGUAAUACGCAAGUCGGUCCAGUUCUUGGUAGAAGAACGUGGUCCAUAGUUGGUCCUGCUGACCCGUUUGUCAGGUAGACUGCGUGAAAAGUUUUUAUUGAUUGUAAUUCUGUUUGAUUUAAAAACAUAAAUUACGUGACAUGAACUGUGCGCAAGUUACUAUCCUUCUCACCAACGAAUGAGUUGACGUUCAAAAAAUUUUAGCUUGAGGAAAGAGACUUCGCAAAAAAUUUUUACGUGCCUAUUACUUAUGAUAGUUACCGUAUAACCUGGUAGGUGUCCCAAUUGUCUAUUUUUACCUAGAGAAAUGGGCUGUUGGCCCCUGUUAAAUAUACUUAAAUGUAAUUGCGUUGGACUAAUUUUCGACGCAAGCUGAACCAAAACUGUUUGGCAAAUCUGAAACGAUUUACAGCCAUUUUUCCUAUAGUUAAUGACGGAGCUGCAAUGCCUGAUCUUGCGAAUGCUUUAUAUAUCUUCAAUGUAUUAUGUGUUUAUGUAGCUAUAUCGUUAGUAAUGCUAAUAUGAAUUUGCGAAAAUGAAUCACUUACGCGUGGAUAAGCUACGAGAAUAAACCAUGGUGUUCUUCGUUCAACGAUCGGCACUCAAUGUUACUUGUAGAAAGGGGCAGCACCCCCGAAAUUUUACUUUCAGAAACUUCACGUCCGAUCUCCAAUGACUCAGCCUAACGCCCUGACGCCUAACGCUAUUGACAACCAUCAGCAAUAAAGAAAAAGUGGUGAGGGGUAAAAGAAGUGGUUGUUAAGAACGGCAACGUUGGUGCCGCUAACAACGGCUGCAGCGGUGACGGUAACUGAAAUAGGGGAGUCUUCAGCUGCCUACAUCUGCCGGAUUUUGGAUUAAGAACGUCAUGCCAGCCACAGGAGACACUUCGACGUUGGCUGUCACUACGCUUGCUGUUGGUUCACGGGUACAAUUAUCUACUCAGUUCGACAUAACACGCGACUGAGCGACGUCGCGCGGCCGACGUCCGCAAGAGUCAUUUGUGAAAGCUUCGGUGAUUGGCGGCGCCACCAUAGCCGUGGCCGCGGCCGCGGCCGCGGCCGCCCUGAAAGCCAACGGUGACCAGACGACUUAAUCAUAGCAACGGGACGUCGGUUUUGUGCGAUUGUAGAGAGGGUGCACUGGCAGCCGCUGAGGGCUAAGGCCCACCUGUUGACCAGUAAACAAGCACACAGCAAGAUGGGAGUGUAUAAGAAACUGAAGCGGGUAUUCUCCUUCAAAAAGGACAAAGAAGGCCAGAAAGAUAAGUCUGACAAAAGAGACAAGUAUGGAAAGAAGUAUGGGACCAGCGAUGCGCUACAAAUUAACGAGUCUUCUGAGCAUAGAACAUCUGACGUGGAUGGCAUCAAGACCGAUUCUCUUCAACGGGGUGGAAAGAAGAGGUCGUGGUCUUUGAAAUCUAUUGCACGUAAGCCGAGCUUCGGUAACAAAGACAAGGAAAGAAAAGUCAAGGACAUUCAUUUCGAUGCAACUACUGAGCCAGCAUUCCUCAGCGACGUUAUAGCACCAGCACCAGAUGUCUUAACACAACAACAGUCACAACAAAGUCAACAGCAGCUGAGGACCUCGUCGUCAGCUUUUCAUCCCGUGACCACCAUUGCCAAGGUGGAGACUAUAGCGCCCCCGACACUUCCGCUGCCAUUAAAUCCGAUUGUGAAAGCUGACUCUAAAGAACACGAUGUAAACAAUGACAACGAGAGCGAUGCCCCGGAAAAAGAGAAUGAUACGGAGAAGGAUGACUUUGUCGUAGUUACUCCAACCGACGUAGAGGAGAUUAAAGAAUACGAAGCCCAGUUGGCAGCAGAAGGCAGAUCAGUUCACGUAAACCUGGUAGAAGAACCCGAAAGCGUCGAGAACGAGGAGAGCCAAACCGCUACAGAGGAGGCAGCGCACGCCAACGCCGAACCGCAAACGAUCGCCGAAAUCAUCAAUCUGCUCCAAGAGUUACAGGACUCUGCAGAGCCAAUGGAAAUCGAUACAAUAAAGCAGAAAACUGAUACAUCGGACAAAAUCCAGUCUGUGUGUUUGCAGGCAGAUGCUGCUAUCAUCGCCUCUACGGAUGCUACUAAACCUUUAGAAACGACUACUACAAUCACAACGGUUCGAAACGGCUGCGCCAAUGGGCACAUAAAAGCUAGUAACGGGUCGGCAACAGCCACUGACGUGGAGACGUCGCCAGCGUACAUGCCAGCAUCGGCAGUAGGCCAAUGUAAAAAGUUAGACAUAGUCCCAUCAAAAAGAAGUUGGCAAGGCCGGAUUGCCGUCAUUGUGGUCGUGGCUGCGAUUCUCUUCGCCGUCGCGCUCGGAAUUAACAACUCGAUGAGAUCAGGCGCCGCCAAGGCUGUCUAAUCGAACGGCGUGGGUGAAGAAAACACAAUGGUUGAUUGAUUGACACCUGUCACCCGUUAUAGUGUAUAACGUCAUAUGCGGCGACUCAUCAUAUGGGUGAAGGCCAGUUUGAAAUGAUUCCGUCAUAACUUGCAGCAUUCGAAGACUGAGUAAGAUCUCUAUCAAAAGAAAUCAGAAAAGGAGCAACAAAUCUGCAUUGUUUACAGUGUUAAAAUAACGAGACGCUGCUAUUUUGUGUGACAUGACAAAGAAAGGCAUUAUCGGAAAGCUUGCUACACUAUACCGAGAAAAGUAGGAAUUGAAAUGGCCAAGGCUGAACUUGGUAGCUAUGUUUUUGCUGCUCAAUACCAACAAGACCUCCUGCCGCUUUCAAAUGGUGUAAUCAAACAAGAGCGGUCAGAGGUGCUGUUAGAGUUUUCCUAACACGUAGAUUAAUCUAUAAUUUAUCGCCCACAGAAAAUACAUGCGAGACAUGUAUUCUAUUGAGGGCGAAAAUCUCUAACCUUUGCUUUACCUGGGGGGUUUUAAAAAAAACAAUAAGGUUUAUCAUCCCAGCUAUGAUAGACAUAGCCGGUAAACAGCAACCUAAGUAGAAAAUAGAUCGCACAGUCGGUAUUGUAUAUAAAUAAGAAAGUACUGUCCGUGAUUGUCAACAGAAACGCCGUUUGGCUAAGGUGAUUUCGCAACCUAUACACAAGAAAACACAAAGCAUACAUGAAAAAAGAUAAUAUAAUUAAGUUAUUAUUAAAUGCUCGCCGCUUCCGUCAAAAAGUA